AUGGUUGCUUAUUUUCUUCCAUUUUUUCUUUCUUUUCAAAUAUGUUAUUUGUUGUUUUCUGUCUUUCUUCCUUUUCAAAUAAUUCAAGGCCUAUUUUUCUUUCUUUCUUUCGUUCUUUCUUUUCAACAACUCAAUGGUUGUUGUUUUCUUUCUUUCUUUUCAUCUAAGUCAGUGGUUGUUUUCUUCUUUCUUUCUUUUCAUCUAAGUCAAUGGUUACUAUCUUUCUUUCUUUCUUUUCAUCUAAUCAAUGGUUGCUAUCUUUCUUUCUUUUCAUCUAAGUCAGUGGUCGUUUUCUUCUUUCUUUCUUUCUUUUCAUCUAAGUCAAUGGUUGCUAUCUUUCUUUCUUUCUUUUCAUCUAAGUCAGUGGUUGUUUUCUUCUUUCUUUCUUUCUUUUCAUCUAAUCAGUGGUUUUCUUCUUUCUUUCUUUCUUUUCAUCUAAGUUGGUUGCUAUCUUUCUUUCUUUCUUUUCAUCUAAGUCAGUGGUCGUUUUCUUCUUUCUUUCUUUCUUUCUUUUCAUCUAAGUCAAUGGUUGCUAUCUUUCUUUCUUUCUUUUCAUCUAAUCAAUGGUUGCUAUCUUUCUUUUUUCAUCUAAGUCAGUGGUCGUUUUCUUCUUUCUUUCUUUCUUUCAUUUCAUCUAAGUCAAUGGUUGCUAUCUUUCUUUCUUUUCAUCUAAGUCAGUGGUUGUUUUCUUCUUUCUUUCUUUCUUUCUUUUCAUCUAAGUCAAUGGUUGCUAUCUUUCUUUCUUUUCAUCUAAGUCAGUGGUCGUUUUCUUCUUUCUUUCUUUCUUUCUUUUCAUCUAAGUCAAUGGUUGCUAUCUUUCUUUCUUUCUUUUCAUCUAAGUCAGUGGUCGUUUUCUUCUUUCUUUCUUUCUUUUCAUCUAAGUCAAUGGUUGCUAUCUUUCUUUCUUUUCAUCUAAGUCAGUGGUCGUUUUCUUCUUUCUUUCUUUCUUUUCAUCUAAUCAAUGGUUGCUAUCUUUCUUUCUUUUCAUCUAAGUCAGUGGUCGUUUUCUUCUUUCUUUCUUUCUUUUCAUCUAAGUCAAUGGUUGCUAUCUUUCUUUCUUUCUUUCUUUCUUUUCAUCUAAGUCAGUGGUCGUUUUCUUCUUUCUUUCUUUCUUUUCAUCUAAGUCAAUGGUUGCUAUCUUUCUUUCUUUCUUUCUUUUCAUCUAAGUCAGUGGCUGUUUUCUUCUUUCUUUCUUUCUUUCUUUCUUUUCAUCUAAGUCAAUGGUUGUUGUUGUUUUCUUUCUUUCUUUCAAUUCAUCUAAGUCAGUGGUUCUUAUAUUUCUUUCUUUCUUCUUUUCAUCGUAGUCAGUGGUUGUUUUCUUCUUUCUUUCUUUCUUUCUUUUCAUCUUAG